ACUUGCAGUGCAGACUCCAGCUUUUCACCGGAACGAUACCUGACUGGUUCUUCCUCGGCCUCGUCCCCUCCCUCCUCCAUUCUCGCCCGGCCGCCCUUCCACAUUCCCGCUGCUUACCGCCGGCCGUGGCAACGACGCAACCCGCGCUGCUCCGGCCUGCCCUCAUGCACCGGUGGGCCUAAAAUCCCUGCGGAUGACACGCCAAGGUGGUACUGCUCAAGGGUUGUCUGUAGAAUAUCACAGGAGCACCACAGGAUGAUGCAUCCAGUGCUUGCCUCCACGCGGGAUUCCCGUGGUACUCGUGGGUUCUGGCCUGUUGCUCUGGGAUGUUCUGUGUCACUCAUUGAGUCCCACUGGGUGGACCGAGCGGAUAUGUGCAUUGGGUGGUACAAGCCGACGGAGAAAAACUGAUGUAUUCCCACCCUGAUGCAUUCCAUCUGAUUAGAUUAAAAGGUCGCGUUGCGCUGCUUCCCGGGCCAUUUUUUGGUUACUACCCUCUCAUCCCUUUUCGCCGAUCCUCCUGUUCCUCCCCCAAGCCGACAAUAUGAGGGAUGCUCUUUCUCGGCUUCGGCCGCACAGCAAUGUUCCCGUCGUGGAACCAGAAGUGGACGAGAAGGCCGCCAGCGACAAGGAGGCCAAUGUCGUCAAUACCGAGGGUGUCAAGGAAUCUGUCGCUGACGACUCAGAUGCCAUCUCGCUCGAUGCUCAGCGUGGUGUGCAGGAUAUCGAGGCCCUGACCAAGGUGUGGACGAAACAGGACAUUAUUUUAGCAUAUGUCACUAUCUGGAUCAUCUACUUCGUCGAUGCGAUGCAGCAGAACAUGACCAACAGUCUGUUGCCCUACGUCACGAGUGCCUUCUCUGCCCAUUCGCUCACCCCUACCGUCUCGAUCUUUGCGUACCUGAUCUCCGGCCUGUCCAAGUUGCCCCUUGCCAAGAUUCUCGAUAUCUGGGGUCGUCCGCAGGGUUUCAUCCUCAUGGUGAUUUGCCUGACAAUCGGUCUCGUCUUGAUGGCUGCAUGCCAAAACGUCGAAACAUAUGCGGCCGCUCAAGUCUUCUACUGGGUUGGCUACAAUGGCGUCACCUACUCGAUCUCAAUCUUCGUUGCCGACACCUCGUCCCUCAAGAACAGAUCUCUGAUGUUCGCCUUUGCCUCUUCCCCCUACAUCAUCACCGUCUGGGUUGGUGGGCCCCUUGCGGACGCUUUCCUUUAUGGCCCUGGUUGGCGAUGGGCUUUUGGCGCUUUUGCCAUCAUCACCCCUGUCAUGUGCGUUCCCUUGUUGGCCCUCUUCUACAAGAACUACAAGAAGGCCAAGGCCCUUGGUGUCAUGCCGGAGAGAAACUCUGGGCGCACUUGGCUUGAGAGCCUCAAGUAUUACGCCAUCGAGUUCGACGUCUUUGGGCUCUUGCUCAUCAUUGCCGGGUUGGCACUGUUCCUUUUGCCCUUCAACAUUUAUUUCUACCAGACGGACGGAUGGGCCUCGGCCACCUGCAUUGCCAUGCUCGUCGUGGGCUUUGUUCUUUGCGUCGCCUUUGCAGUGUAUGAGAAGUGGUGGGCACCCAAGACCUUCAUCCCUUAUGAACUCCUCACCGAUCGGACUGUUCUUGGUGCCUGUAUUCUUGCCGGUAACCUGUUCAUCUCCUUCUACAUCUGGAACAGCUUCUUUGGCUCCUUCCUUCAGGUGGUCAGUGGCUUGGACAUCACCAGGGCCAGUUACAUCCAGAACAUCUACAGCAUUGGGUCCUGCUUCUGGUCACUCGUUGUCGGUGUGCUGAUCCGCUGGACUGGCCGGUUCAAGUGGUUGGCCUUGUACUUUGGCGUUCCCGUAACCAUUCUCGGCGUUGCCCUCAUGGUUGUGUUCCGCCAGCCAGAUUCCAACAUUGGAUACAUCGCCAUGUGCCAGAUCUUCAUUGCAGUUUCCGGCGGCACGUUGGUUAUUUGCGAGCAGAUGGCUGCCAUGGCUGCCACCACCCAUCAGUACAUCGCUGUUGUCCUGGCCAUCGAGGCCAUGUUCGCCAACGUUGGUGGCGCCAUUGGCGGCACCGUGGCCACCUCUAUCUGGGGCACUGUCUUCCCUAGGAGCUUAAACAAGUUCCUGCCCGAGGCCGAGAAGGCUAACGUGUCGCUCAUCUUCUCCGACCUCAAGACCCAGCUCGACUACCCGUGGGGCAGCGAGACGAGAAUUGCCAUUCAAGAUUCGUAUGGCGAUGCUAUGAGGUACAUGAUUAUUGCGUCGGCCGUCAUUCAGGUCAUUUCGAUUGUUUCGGUGGCUGUUUGGAGGGAUAUCAAGGUAAAGGAUUUCAAGCAGGUGAAGGGCAAUGUCAUCUAAAUAGGGAAGGUUUCGGAUAUGCUUAGCGGUUUCAUGUUGGAUUAGAGAGGUUUCAUGGCUGGAUGAUGUAUGUGGUAAUGAUGGGAGGAGGCUUUUGUAUACCCCGGGGAGGAACCUUUGGAAUCAAAAUAUUUCACGCCGUUGUUUGGAUUGUCACUCGA